CCUCUCUCUUAUAAUUCUGGUUUCAGAAGAAAGAAAGAGUAUCCCAGAAAAACACCAAGAGAUGGGGAGAGCUCCUUGCUGUGACAAAGCCAACGUGAAGAGAGGCCCAUGGUCACCCGAAGAAGAUGCCAAGCUUAAGUCCUAUAUCGAGGAACACGGUACUGGAGGCAACUGGAUUGCUUUGCCUCAGAAAGUUGGGCUUAAGAGAUGUGGGAAGAGCUGCCGCUUGAGAUGGUUAAAUUAUCUCCGUCCCAACAUCAAGCACGGAGGAUUUUCUGAAGAAGAAGAUAGUAUCAUUUGCAGCCUCUAUGUUAAUAUUGGAAGCAGGUGGUCUAUUAUUGCUGCCCAUUUGCCGGGGAGGACAGAUAAUGAUAUAAAGAACUACUGGAAUACAAGGCUGAAGAAGAAGCUUUUAGGUAAGCAACGCAAAGAACAACAUGUUCGGAGAGGAAAGCAACAGAUCAUGAAGGGAAACUGUAGUGCUACUCCUGAUACCACUAACAACAACAAAAACCCUAACUACUGGCCGGAGCUACCAAUGCUGUAUAGCAAUGAUGAGCAUCAUCAGCAAGUUUAUGAGCAGUCCCCGGCCGUCUAUAUUAUGCCCUCUUCUUGUUCUACUUCCUCCAUGGAUGGCUUAAACAGCAUUACCGGUACUCAAAUUUUUGAUACCGGGUACAAUAUGUUGCAAGGGCAAAGCAGUAGUGAUAAUUUUAUAGGAGGGAUCCAAGAAAUUUUUUAUGGUUGCCCACAGAGAUUGGAUGGAAUGGGGUUUUCAUGCAGCGAGCAAAUAGUGAGUAAAAGAUUAAGUCUGAAUUGUUCUGAAAGUGGUAGUGUUGGGUGGUGGGGUGAUAUGAGCUCUUUGGUUUGCCCUGAUCAGCCUGCAGUCGGUUCAGACUAUGGCAUACAUAUACAACAAGGUCAAGCUGGAAUAAUGCAACAAGAGUAUGGUUUCAGUGAUCAGUUGAGGUAUCCAGGAGCCUAGCAAUAUGGGAAUUAAUAACACGUUUUUAACGAAAUGAAAAGUUGAAAUUCUUAGUAAAAGAUUAAAUCAAAGGGAGUUUUGAGGCAAUGGGAAUAUGGGAUUCAUGAAGAGAAGAAAGCACACUAUUAUCU